CUGGUGCGUAAUUUGCGGCCGUGGUCUUCUUUGAGGGCGUUUGAGAGGAGAACGUUUCCUGAGAGCCAGUGAGCGCCGUAGAAGGCUGCUUAAGAGCCACUUCCUUCCUAUGCUCGGACGCCAACAUGGAAUGGGGAGAUUAUAAAUGCGAGCCAAACAUUUUUUCCAACAAACAAGCGUCUUGGCUGCAGGGAUGCAUGACCACUUGAACGCACGCUCGUGUUCGAAUAUGAAGGAUGCCACGGGAUUGUUCGUUGCUCUGCUGGCUGUGCUGGCUGUGCUGGUGGGGAGGCUCGAUGGGCUGGACCCGGACGGUGGGCUCUGUGUUGAGAGCCGUUGUUUCGCCGUGUUCCACCACUCUUGUGACUUUCCGAGCGCGCAGGAUCAUUGCAAAGAAAGAAACGGGCUUUUAAUGACUGUUAGUCUGUCUGAAUCACGUGAUGUACUGCCUAAACUAUUGAUGAACUUUUCGGGUCAAUUCUGGAUCGGUUUGCAUCGUUUAACCGCUUGCCCGAAUGCAACAUCUCGUCUUGAAGGAUAUGAGUGGAUGACAAAAGACACUGGAAGUGAUUUUGACAACUGGGCUCCUUCUUUCGACAGCGACUGCACAUCUCCACGCUGCGUCAUAGUUUCCGAUGUGGACGAGCUCCAGUGGGUUCAGGAGCCGUGUGACUCGCCGCGAGUCACCGGCUUCCUGUGCGAGUACCACUUCGAAUCCUUCUGCUCGACAAUAGAUGUUUUCCAGGUGGGAACCCCGGUGUACACCACCCCUUUGGGUUUCGGCGGAGAUGAUCUGCUCUCCGUGCCGCCCGGAAGCAUCGUCACGCUGGAAACGACCAAGCGCAAGUUCGUGUGCGCCGAAACUUGGCUUCAGGCUCCGUGGAGCUGCGAGAUCCUCGAAGGAGGUUGCGAGCACAAAUGCGCCGUGGAUGAUGCUUAUAAACCUUCUUGCUCAUGCCCGCCCGGUUUCUCCAUCAACCCCCUGAAUGACAUCUCAUGCGAGGUGGACGCGGGGGACGCGUGCGCGCGUUUAAGGUGCGCGUACGCCUGUUUGGAUGGAGAUGACGGCGCGCCGCCUUCCUGUGCGUGUGACCACGGUUUCAAACUGGCACCCGAUGGAAGGUCUUGCGUGGACAUUAACGACUGCUCCGAUGAACGCCAAUGUCCUGGGGAGCACUUCCGAUGCGUCAACACCGUAGGCGGCUUCAAAUGCGAAUGUGAGGUCGGAUUCAAGAUGAUGAGUGGAUUGUGCGUGGAUCAGAAUGAAUGCGGGUCUGCACCAUGCGAGCAUAUGUGCGAAAACAACCUCGGGAGUUACAAAUGUUCCUGCUACGAUGGAUAUAAAGUGGACCCGCUGGACACGAGCAAGUGUGAGCUGCACUGUGGGAAGGAGGAGUGCAUCGCGGAGUGCGACCCAAAUGACAAGUACCAGUGCUACUGCCCUGAUGGUUACAUAGGGGAGGAGAGGGAGGACCACACCGUAUGCAUUGACCUUGACGAAUGCGGGGAUAAUUACUGCGAUCAUGGGUGUAAAAACACUUAUGGAAGCUAUGUUUGCUCUUGUCGUAAAGGGUUCACUUUGGUAAAUGAGGUGUUUUGUGAAAGAAAUGAGGAUGAAGAUGAAGAAGGGGAGGGCUCGGGGGAGUCUGCAACAACUACGAUCCCUACAGUGACGCCACACGAGGUCGCUCCAACUCAGCAGCCCUCGGCGGUGACAGUAGGCGGGCUGGUGGCUAUAAUAGUGUGCUGUGUCCUUUUUGUUGUGUUGGUGGUCUUUUUAUGUCAGCACAUAUUGAGUAAAAGGGGGAAAAUGGAGAGCGAGGCGGCAUAUAAAGACCCGGAUGGAGGGGAGACCCACAGUUUACACGGGAUGGGGAGUGAAGCGUAAUAAAUAAGAAGGAAGAUGUUAAAGCACAGGUGUCAAACUCAAGGCCCGGGGGCCAGAUACAGCCCGCCACAUUUUUAUGUGGCCCACGAAGACAAAUUGUGCAUCAAAUUCGUGUCAUUACUCAAAUUGCAAAUUGUCUUUACUUUUAAAAAUAUAUAUUUUUUUAUAUAUUUGACCAGUUUUUACUUGUCUGAUUUGUCAGUUUGUUUUGUAGCUUUUACUGUAUAUAAUAUGAGGUGCUCAUACAUUUAUUUGGGUUGACAGUCACAAUGGCCCUCCGAAAGACUCUGACUACAAUGCAGCCCGCGAAAAAAAUGAGUUUGACACCCCUGAAUUAAAGCAUGACAUGUGAAUGUAGCGCUGAGGAUCCCCCCCGCCUUCCCUUUGCCCUUAAAGUCAAUUCACAUUGGAAUUCAUUUUCAUUUUGGCUUCAAGCACUGAUGGGCGCAAAAUAUCACAGCAAACAAAACAGAAUAAAGGGGAACAGUAACCUCACCAGACUUACAUAAAAGCAUUUUUCAACAUGAAGUUUGGCUUCUCCAACAGACGCAAAAAAUGUAAACGUGAACUGAUUUUGUACUGAAACGCUAAUAAAUUGCACACCCUCGAUAAA